AUGCCUGAUGGGGACCGCUUCUCGGCGACGUGCGGGUGCGGCCUGCGGGUGGCGACGUCGAUGCUGAUGGGAUGGGAUACAUCGAACCUCGCUGUGAGCACUGCAAUGCCUGAUGUCACAGAAUUCCAACGACGAGCUGGCCCCGUCACCGCUCCUGCGGCCGCCGCCGCCCCCGCCCCAGCCGGGGGCGACCAUUCCCCGGCCUUCUCGUUCAGCAUCUGGCCGCCGACGCAGCGCACGCGGGACGUGGUGGUGCGGUGCCUCGUGGAGACGCUCGCGGGAGACACCGUCCUUUGCAAGCGCUACGGCGCCGUGCCGGUCGCCGACGCCGAGCCCGCGGCGCGCGCCAUCGAGACCGAGGCCUUCGACGCCGUGGCCGCUGCGGGAGGCGCCGCCGCCUCCGUGGAGGAGGGGAACGAGGCGCUGCAGUCCUACUCCAAGGAGGUGAGCCACCGCCUCCUCGACUUUGUCAAGUCCCGCUCCGCGGACGCCAAGGCCGACCCGCCGUCGGCGGAGGCCCUGGCCCCUGACGCGCCCGAGGCCAGUCCGCGCGUUAGCGCCAGACAACCAGUCAUUCCUUCUUCUUCCAUGGAUGUCUGA